GAGCGUGCGCGCGCUCCUGCGUCAGUAAGUGUGCAGUUGACUUACAGCGGGGCUGUGAGGAGAACUGACGCGAUCCGCUUCUUCUUCUUCUUCUUCUUCUUCUUCUUCUUCUUUAUUUUUGCUUUUAUUAUUUUGUUCGUAAUCAGUCUUUCUUUUAAAAUCAUUCAACUUUUCCACCCCGCUCCUUACUGCUUUUUUUUGACGGUCGUGUACAGCUUGUGUUGAAGUUUUCUACCCUAGACGGGUUGAAGUUUCCUCUGAGAGGAGUUUCUAAAGGCUGGGCCUUUUCCUUUUUUUUUUUGGAGAACGACUUCGGCGUUUUUCCCCCCUGUUGAUUUGAUAAAUGCUCUUUACCAAGAUGGACCUGUUGAACUACCAGUACCUGGACAAAAUGAACAACAACAUUGGCAUUUUGUGCUAUGACGGUGAGGCAGCGCUGCGUGGCGAGUCCAGAAUGCAGCCCAUGUCUUCUGCGGUCAGUAACCACAGGACAGCUCCUCCUCCCAUCAGCCCCAGCAAGAGGAAACACAGCAUUGAACUGAUCGACGACAGCAUGGACCCCAGCAAUGAGCACGUGGCCAAGAUGAGUCGCCUGUUUGCGACACACCUAGGAAAGCCCACAAAUGGCGAUUACCGCCGGGAGCCUCGUGAAAGAAGCCGCAGCCCCAUCGAGCGCCUACACGCUGCCCACCUUUACACACACAUGCCGAACCUGGCCAUGGAGCAGCCACUUGCACUAACGAAAAACAGCGCUAAGAUUCCCCACUCACCCAGCGCCAGCCCCAUCGAGCGCCAGCAGAACCGGCCCUCCGUGAUCACAUGUGCCCCUGCAAACAACCGCAACUGUAACCUCUCUCACUGCACUGUGUCUCACAACGGCUGCUCACCUUUAAACUACAGGAGACCUUCUAACUCAAACGCAACAUGUGACCCUGUGAUCGAGGAGCAUUUUCGCCGCAGUCUGGGGAAAAACUACAGAGAGACAGAGUCGGUCACCAACUCGGUGUCUAUCACCGGAUCGGUGGAUGAUCACUUCACCAAGGCUCUGGGAGAGACCUGGCUCCAAAUCAAAGCUAAAGGAGGCUCCUCUGGAAGCCCUGACUCCUCACCUAACAAUCACAUGGUCAACAUCAAUCACUCACCAUCCCUAGUUUCCUGAAACGGAGGACCAGCUGCAUAUCCCGCUCUCCAAACCGCUUCACUCUCAGAGUGACCGUGCAUGAUUCAGCUCCGCUUCCCAGCAGCAGCAGCGCUAACAUAUAGCCGUGUACAUAAACUCACGUUUCUUUUUGGUUCGUUUUCUCCCUUUUUUUUUUUUUUUUUUUAUAAGUAUGUUUAGCUUGGAGGCCCACAACAAUAGAAUUAAUAUGCAGGGUGGGUUUUGCUUUAGAGCAGAGUUAGCUAGCAUCCUAACCCCCUGCCUCAGAUACCAAAGAAACCUCUGAUGCAAACUCUUUGCCCAGUUUUAUUUCUCCGCACCCAACGCUUCUGUCCGCUUGUCCUGCACCACACUUUAUACUUGGUAAUGGAUUCUUAGCUGGCGGAAGCUUUUUGUAACCAAAUGUCUUCUUCGGGUUUAUCUGUGAGGUGCGUACAAAAGGCGGGAAAUCGGAUGCCAUUAGGGUUUGUUUUAGGAAGACCGAGAGAAAUCAACAUGAGAAUAGGAUUUUCUCAAGAAAGAGCUGAUGAUCCUGAGAAGAGGUUUUGUGUAAUCAAAUUCCCACCAGUUCUCCCCUCUCACACUGCCCUGUUUUUGUAUGCGGAUGCUUCACAGAAAGUCUUUUGCACUAUUAAGGCCAUAAAUUACGUGUCGGAGUCUCGUUUUUCUGGCCAAAAUGUUUAUCGACUGCUGACACGAUGGUGGGGUGGUGUUUUACGUCAUUAAUAAGAGUUGUGUUUGGGGCGAGGGGGGGAACCAUUGAUCUUUGGCGUCUAUUCUUUGGUGGAUGCUGACAACUGGACUGUGUCGAGUUAAAUCAUGGGCAUUUUAUAUUCUCUCUUUGUUUUUGUUUUUUCCUUCCCCACCCCAAGCACUGUGGUUUUGGUAGAGUAGCUAAGGUUUUGAGGGUGAACUUUUGCUUACAGGUGCAUGAUUUAUGAUUAUUUUUUAAAUAGCUGGUAUCUAUUAUUGUGUAGACAUUUCAUGUGUAAUACUAGUAACCUUUUUUUUCCCUCAGAUUGUAGUUUAUUUUUGUCAGUAACAAUCCUAGAUAAACUUACUGCUGGUACAGUUGUACUCCAUAUUAUUAUUUUUUAUUCAAUAUACAUUUUGGUAGAAGCCAGAAAAAGAGGACAGCCUCCGGACAGGCCAUCUAUAUUAUUAACAGUGGAUGUUUAUGAUAAUUAAUCCGUGGUACAGGAUGCGAUUUUUUUUUUUUUUUCCGUGACUGAAACAUUCACAGCUGUAGACAGGUCCGCUGAGAGUUGACGUUCUGGCGGAAAAAAUGAUCACAAUCUAAUUUUUGGUUGCAGCUAUUAGUCUGUUCGUUUUUUCCCUUUUUAUUUUUAUUUAAACACCCGGCCAGUACCAAGGCGAAAGACAUUCCUCCCAUAGGGAACCUUAGUACAGGUCUCGCUUUUAGCUCUAAUUUUUUAGCCAAUCUACUACUAUUAGUAAAAAGUUGAUGCUCAGGCCGAGGCGUCGCUCAUCUUAAGCUUGUCCUUACAUUCCUUCUGAUCCCAGCAAAAACCAUUAGACAUGAACAAAUUUCGGAGUGCUUGCUGCCAGACUGGCGUCAUUACCGAUCUCAAAGCAUCACGUUCAAUAAAGAACUCGCCACACAAAAGCGUUUCGAGAUACCGGUCACGUGUCUUCGCAUAGACAGCGGAGAGGAAAAAAACACAGCGUACCGAGGUUAAGAUCCACACAUUUCACUACACUUUUAGGUAGGAAACUCAUUCUCUUCUUGACACACAUUUACCUUACACACUGUAGGUAAAUCACAAAUAAAUAAAAAAAAGAAAAGGAAAAAAAUAUAUAGGUAACUAUAAGACCAUCAUUACGCUGUGCGUAAUGAAUGUACAGAGAAAAAAAAUCGUAGGUAUUUUUCGAGGAUCAAUUAAUUUGUUAAUGAUAUGUAGCUAUUUAAUUUGUUUUCCCUGUCCUUUAUUGUAAUCAUGCUUCUUUUUUCUUUUCUUUUUUUUUUUUGGAAGAAAAAAAGUUGAUCUUUUUCAUUUGUAUCUGUUUAAAGGUUUAAAGUGCAGGAACACAGUUAUUGAAUGAAAACACUGCGUUAUAGCCACUCGUGUAUUAUUUGCUGAAGGCUACUGAGCAGUCUCGAUCCAGCGCCCAACACUGAGGCAAGCAAACAAAAAUCACUAAACAUUACAGGAGCAGGUCCACUGUCAGCGAAACGAAUGCUUUCGUCCGCUUUAACCCAAACGUUUUUGCCGUCCUUCAUUUACUUCUUGUGUUUUGCACUGGAGCUGACGAGGCUGACGCAGAGAGCGGUGGCUUUCAGAUUUUCAGUCUGAAGGAAGAUUUGUACGUUGAGAUUCGCGUUCCAAUCCGUUUUUAUAGAAUUCCGAUUAACGUUUUUUGUACAAAUGGUGUUACUGAGCCAGUUGUGUUUUUGAGGCGAGUGGGAAGAUUUAGACACAAGUGUGUAUGAUGUUAAACUGGAGACUGUAGGCUUCCUGUACUUGAUCGGUGCAUAAACCUUGUAGCUCCAGUGGCACACUGAAGAAACAAAUGUAGGACACGGCAGGUCUCGGUUAAACUUGGAGGACGAUGCAUUUCGUUGCGCUUUAAAAUGGACUCAACUCAGACUUUACCGUUUGUGUUUAACUGCCAUUACAAACAGCAAAUGUGUGGAAGACCGUUUCCUCAAGAAUACACGCUAGACAUGAACAUUUUGAUCUUUCACUGCAAGUGUAUUUCUGAAUGGUUUGUAAAUCUGUAUUAUACUCAUUUUGUGGCCUUGUUUCUCUUUUGAAUAAACCAAUUGGCAGGCCAUUGUUUUGUACUUAAAGUAGCCUCGAUGAACAAUAAAGAGCUCUUAAACAACA